AUGAGUAUUUUCAGACCACAAACACUGAACUGCUCUGCAUCAAUCUAGGCUCUUUCUGUGUGCUCACUCAGGCAGAAUUCAAGUUUCCCUUUCUACGACCAGGACCAUGUCUACCAGCCUGACCACUUGUGAGUGGAAGAAGGUCUUCUAUGAGAAGAUGGAGGUGGCCAAGCCAGCUGAUAGCUGGGAGCUCAUCAUAGAUCCCAACCUCAAGCCCAACGAGCUGGCCCCAGGCUGGAAGCAGUACCUGGAACAGCAUGCCUCAGGCAGGUUCCACUGCUCCUGGUGCUGGCACACCUGGCAGUCAACCCACGUCGUCAUCCUCUUCCACAUGUACCUGGACCGCGCCCAGCGGGCGGGCUCGGUGCGCAUGCGCGUCUUCAAGCAGCUGUGCCACCAGUGCGGAACCGCGCGGCUGGACGAGUCGAGCAUGCUGGAGGAGAACAUCGAGGGCCUGGUGGACAACCUCAUCACCAGCCUGCGCGAGCAGUGCUACGAUGAAGAUGGCGGCCAGUAUCGCAUCCACGUGGCCAGCCGCCCCGACGGGGGUCCGCACCGCAGCGAGUUCUGCGAGGCCUGCCAGGAGGGCAUCGUGCACUGGAAGCCCAGCGAGAAGCUGCUGGAGGAGGAGGCGACCACCUACACCUUCUCAGAGGCCUCCAAGCCAAGCACCCAGGAGGGUUCGGGCUUUAACUUCUUCUCCCUUCGCUGGUGCCUCAUCGGGGCCUCCCUUUGCCUGCUCAUUGUCUACCUGCAAUUCUCCUUCCGCGGCUCUUCCUUCUUUUAG